CAAGUCUACCACCCCUGAUCCAGCUCAAUUGGAUGGACAGAUGUUUACAUGAAGGAUUUACAGACCCAGCAGCGGUCAGCGCGGCAGAGAGACCUACGGUGAAUCACUACAGAUGACGGGAGGAGCCAUAUGUAACCGUAUCAACCAGGAUUCAAAGCAGCUCAGCGUUUCUGACAAUACUUCAGCUAUUAUUGUGUUUGAAUUAACACAAUAUCACUCGUUCAGCAUGACACUAAGAAGUAUUUCUGUACCCUGAUAAGCUGCACGCGCCAGAGGUGUGGUGGUCAGAGAUGGAGCACAUCAGAAUGCCAAAGGUUGAAAAUGUCCGGUUAGUGGACAGAAGUUCUUCUCGAAGAACUCAAGUGGGCACACUCUACCUUACAGCCACACACACUAUCUUUGUAGGUAAAGGAUCUGAGGACAGAAAUGAGCUGUGGGUUCUUCACAGUUUAGUGUGUAAUGUUGUAAAGCAUAAAGCAUCUCAGAGUGGAUACCCUAUAUUAAUCCAUUGCAAGAACUUUCAGGUUAUACAGUUUAUCAUUCCUCAAGAGAGCGACUGCCACGAUGUUUACAUUUCACUCUCACGUCUCUCCAGGCCAGAAAAAUAUGAGGAGUUAUAUUGUUUUUCCUUCAAUCCCAAUGUUGACAAAGCUGAAAGGGAGCACUCAUGGGACUUUUUAGAUCUGAAGGCUGAGUACAGUCGAAUGGGACUUCCAAAUAAGCUAUGGCAUGUCACCCCAAUCAACCGAGAGUAUAGAGUAUGUGAUACUUACCCAGCUGACUUGUUGGUGCCUAAAUCCGUCACCCUCCCUGUCAUCGUAGGAAGCUCGAAGUUUCGUAGCAGAGGUCGAUUUCCCACGUUGUCAUACUACUGCAAGGAAAACCAUGCCACGAUAUGUCGCAGCAGUCAGCCUCUUUCUGGCUUCAGUGCUCGCUGCCUGGAGGAUGAGCAAAUGCUGCAGGCCAUCAUGAAGUCUAAUCCUGGCAGCAGAUUCAUGUAUGUUGUGGACACCAGACCCAAGCUAAAUGCAAUGGCGAACCGAGCUGCGGGCAAAGGCUACGAAAAUGAGGACAACUACUGCAACAUUAGGUUCCAGUUCAUUGGCAUUGAAAACAUCCAUGUGAUGAGGAACAGUCAGCAGAAACUCAUAGAGGUUUCUGCACUGCGUUCGCCCUCCAUGGGAGAAUUUCUAAUGGGACUUGAAAAUUCAGACUGGUUGAGACACAUCAAAUCAAUCGUGGAGGCGGGAAUCUUCAUAUCUAAGGCUGUGGCAGAGGAAGGGGUCAGCGUCUUGGUUCAUUGUUCUGAUGGCUGGGAUAGGACGGCCCAGGUGUGCUCCGUGGCCAGUGUGCUUCUGGAUCCUUACUACAGGACCCUCAAGGGUCUGAUGGUGCUGAUUGAGAAAGACUGGGUUUCUUUUGGACACAAGUUUUCACACAGAUGCGGUCAUCUUGAUGGAGAGGCAAAGGAAGUGUCACCUGUCUUAGACCAGUUCCUGGAAUGUGUAUGGCAGCUUAUGGAACAGUUUCCUUGUACUUUUGAGUACAAUGAGAAGUUUCUGAUCAGCAUCCACAACCACGUCUACUCCUGUCAUUAUGGCAACUUUAUUUGUAACAGCCAGAAGGAGAGGAAAGAUCUGUGCAUCAAAGAGAAAACUCAUUCCAUAUGGCCUCAUUUAUGGGAGAACAAGCUGGAUUUCAUGAACCCUCUGUUCAAACCUGAUCAGAGCCAGAAUCAGGGACUCCUGAGGCCCAGUACUGCCCCCUACUGUUUUAAAUACUGGAGAAGGCUGUAUAAUCGUUUUGAUCGUGAGUUGCACCCACGUCAGUCUGAGAUAGAUUGUCUGAUGACGGUAAAAGAGGAAACGCAACAACUUGAGGAAGAACUGGCCCUCUAUGAGCAGAAAAUGGCUGUUCUGGAUAAGGAGCGUGCAAAAACCCUUUACAUGCAAAAGGGUGUAUUGGACAGCAAGCAGGCCCUUUGGUCGUUACCUUUAGAUACAAGCCUAGCCAAUACUCCUCAGGAUUACAUCGGUGGCUUUAUAGGUGGUGCUCCCAAUGUUUUCACCCUACAACAAGGAGAGAGAGAAAGCGGAGAGCUUUGCCUGUUUGGAAACAAACCAAAAAGCUCUGAUGCUGACAAUAGUGACCAGGAGUCAGGAGUGGCAGAUUUCAGCUCCCAUUCUUCUGGUGAAGAUUCCUUGCCAAGUGAGGACAGCGUGAAGGAUCCUGACUCAGAUGAGACUGGCCCCAACAGAGCGUGAACAAAUGCAACAGUUUUCAAGAAGAAAAAGCUAUAGCAUCUACUGUAUGUGAGCAAGAUAGGAGUGUGGGUAUUUCAAAUUAUGCAAAGAUAUUGGACAAUGUGGAGAUGUGUCUCAUGUGUCUGGCGUUACAGAAGCAUGUCUUUCUGUCUGAAUGUGUGAUACAGGUGUACUAUAAAGAGUUAUGUUUUAUUCUAGUAUAUAUUUAUAAUUUCUCAGCAUGAAUUCUUUCAAGCAUUAAAUACUUGUGUGCAAUAAAUGAUCUGAUCUUAAUUUUUUGCACUUUAUGCACUUGAAUAACAUGAAUACAUGAAAAUUCAGUUUGUUGUGAAAUUAAUAUAUUUACAUUUCUACAAGUGUGCUUUAGAAGUAACAUUUACUUAUUUAAAGGUAUUUAUUACUUAGCAGAUUCGGUCAGUCCUUGGAUAGUUUGGAUAGUGUAAAACUACAAUUUCUGUGCAUAUUGUAUAAGUUGUGCACUUAAAACUGAGCCUGGCACAUGCACGGAACCAAAAGAAACCAGACCAAAUGCAAUGUUGCAUUUAAUGCAGCAAAACGAAUAAAAUACUCAUGUAUACAUUUAGGAAAUUAAUGUUCUCAGAUUAUUUUAAAGGAAUAAUGGAGACAAUUCUCAGAUUUAGGUCAGUUUAGAUCCAUAUUGAAGGUUUGCUCACCUGUUAUCAUGUCUUAACCUCUCCCUUUGUCACAAGGUCUGUAAUG